UGAAGCAGUCAAAUAACAAACACAUUCGCACAUAAUAAACAUGGACUAAUGGAGAUAAAAAGCCGUGAUACAGUCUUUCAUCUUAUUAAGACAUUACAAUAGCAGUUUUCUUGUUUGGUCGAAUCCACCACAAUGUCGCGGCUAUUGUAUCUCUUCUUUGUUGGACUAACCAUCCUUUUCCUAACUGGAUUCACGCGCGGACAAAGUUACGGGCAAAGCUCCGGUCCUUCUCAAAGCUGUUCCACAUCAUGUCCGAUUGUAUAUCCUCGCGUUAAUGCUUCGGACUCCGUUAUGCUGUUUAUUGACUAUCAGACCGGCACACUGUACUUCGCCCGCAAUGUUCCCCGCUCGCAGAUAUUGGGCAAUAUGAAAUACCUGGCUUACUUGGCCAAAAUCCUCAACAUCCCCACGGUGAUGACCACCAGCCUGGAGGACCAGUUCGACGGACCCGUCGUGGACGAUCUGCAGCAGCUGCUCCCUGACUCGUACGCCAGCCGCGUCAAACGCCUGGGAACCAUCAACCCGUGGGAUGAACCGGCGUUCAAAGCGGCCGUGAUGAAAGCCGCCGGGGGCCGGAAGACGGCCAUCGUGUCCGGCCUGACCAGCGACGUCUGCGUGGCCAACCCGGCCAUCUCCAUUCAGCAGGACGGGUUCAACGUCAUCGUCGUGCAGGAUGCCAGCGGCGCGCCCAAUCAGCAGGCGGACGACAACGCCCGCCGCCGCUGGGAGAAAGCCGGUGUCAAGACGUACACGGCCGGAAUGUUGAUUACGGAGAUGGCCAACAACUGGCAGACACCCGAUGGGGCGCAAGUGCUGCAGCAUCUCAUUAUUGAACAGUAUAUUCCCACGCUGAAUACCACGUAUCCUUGGAAGGAAGGCUUCAACUGAUCACGAUAACAUAUGAUUAUGUAAUUAUAUGUUUUUGAAUACUAGACUUGGUAUGAACACCACGAUGCGCAUAUACUGUAUCUUGGACAAGCAGGAAAAUUUCGUUCUGUUAAUUUCCCCGCUUUUGAUACGAGUGCAUAAUCUGACUAAACAGUAAAUCUCGAAUGGUUUCGGUAAUUGUUGAAUCCCU